UGGGGAAGUGAGCACAAAUGUUUUUGAACAGAAUCGAAUAUUCCAGUUUCGAAUUCGAAGCACUGGACCAAAUCAAAACUUUCGACCAAAACAGAAUGAUAAUUUACCGUAAUUGUUUAAAAGAGUAAGCAGUUUUGCUCACUAAAAUAACGUUCAACCACAGCUUGUCAACACAGAUACGAAAUAUUAAAUGGCGACAGAAUUGCAAGACCCAACCCAGGCUUUGCCAUUCGAAGUUUCGUGUGUCAUAUUUUCAUUUGUCCCUGCGGAAAAUCUUGUCAAAAACUGCGUUCUUGUUUGUCAAUUUUGGAAGCAAAUUAGCGACGACAACACAACAUGGAGGCUAAAAUGCGAACGUACACGGCGCUACGUGAAAAAGUACAUGAGGAAUUUUGAGCCUGAAAAUUGGAAGAAGUACUAUUAUCAAAACCCAUAUUUCAGGAAUCUUAUAAAGAAUCCAAAUUUGAGCGAUGCCUUUCCCAACAUUUUGGAGCUUAAGAGCCAAGAGAUUUACGGAUGGCACGGGUACGGUGAUGUAACCCAGGAGCAGUGGCACGCCCAGUUUAUACCGUGGGAAAUGAUGAGAAUCGAAGGGCAAGGGAUACAGUUGGAGUACCCACCUAUUGGCUGUGGACCUGCUCCCAGUGGUGGUAGGUGCGAAUAUAACUAUGAUUGGUUGACUCAACCUUAAUAUAUAAUCUGAGGGUAGGGGAAUGCCACUCCUCCCCCCCCCCCCCAGUAAGGUAUGGUGGUCAUUGAAAAAUGUAAGGAAAAAAGAGAAGUAUAUAAAUUCAGAAGCUUGUUAUGAUGAUUAUAUAGUUUCUCGCUGGCUGAAGUAUGAAAUAAUUUAGAAACAGAUUUCUCACACUGGGGGGUGCAGGGCAAGGUGCUGUGCCCUUAUAUAGGAAUGCACCUCGAGAUAUAGCAUCUUUUGUGGUAGUUACCACCCUCCCACCCUUGUGGUUUGAGACAUUAGUUAGGGUUAGGUCUAGUAUGUAUAGUAUGUGAUAAAUUUGUGUGUAAUGCAUGCACUGCUACAUUUGCGGUGACUGACAACAUGGCAACUCAGUUCUGAGAAUGCCCUUGUCAGAGCUGCCAAGUCUCACGGUUUACCUGUGAGUCUCCAGGUUUUCAUGCUGACCUCCAGGUCUCACGGUUGGUGUUGAAAAUCUCGUGGAAUCCAUUAAAAUGGUCUUUAUGCAUGGAUUCUGCAUCCAUGCUCUGAAAAACAUACAAUUUGCGAAAAUAUCGUCUGUUCUUUCGAAUAAAAAUCCGUAUGUAUUUGUAAAAUGACACUCUUGUUAAAAAAAUGAGUAGCGUGGAAGGCCCGUUUCAGACGGCGUACUUAUCAUGUGCCGAACUUAAUUGAUGAAUUAGGUACGGCAGAAGAGCGACGUAUGAAUUCAUCAAUUAAGUACGGCAGAAUUUGGAGCGGCAAAAGUUCGACACAGUUCAGCAGAGCUUGUCACAUUAUGCGACGUUGGAGCGACAUUGAUUCAUACGCCGCUCCACUCAUGUGCCAAACUUAACUCAAAUUUAGUCUAAAAAUAAACUUAUUUAUUUUGAAUUUUAUUUAGAAUUAUUUUGAAUUUUAUUUGGCGAAUGCGGCCCGACCUUGUCAAUAACAUUGUGUUUGGUACGCCGUUUGAAUCACUGCCGUUCUUGUGUCGCAUCUAAUACAAUUAAGUUCGGCACAUGAAGAGUAUGCCGUCUGAAACGGGCCUAACGUAAUCUAAACAUGAAUUAUGUGUGUGUGCAGGCUUAUUUUUAUUACACACGCAUUAUUAUAAUAUAUGGCAAUCUCGUUCCCCGAGCAUGCCCUGUCAACAAUAAUAUAAAGUCAACAAUUUAUACAUUAUUUGAUUAAAAAUUUUCAGUAUUAAAUAUUGUCUGCGCUAGGGGGGGGGGGGGUACGAUUUACGAACUAAAGGCCCCAGCAACCUCCAGGUUUUUGAUCAUCUGAACUUGGCAGCUCUGCCUUGUCUAAAUGAAAUUUAUUAAACAGUUGUGUUUAACAAUCCUAUGGUGCAAAAUUACAUGUCGAUAUGAUCAAAUGUGCUUUACAUCAAGUAUUAUGCUUACCUUACUGGCAGAUCUCGAGCUUUGACUGACUUUUUUCCACAUGAGUCUGUGGUGAGAAUCAAACCCAAGGUGAAAGGUUGUUGCUUUGAUGACAGAGAUAAAUGUUAACCCUAACGCUUUGCACAUUGUAGAUCUUGGUUGCAUAGCGACAUCACAUGGACCAACAAAGAGAUGUCAGGUUAUUGAUCUACUAGCAGAAGGAGUGUUGGAAUAUAUUCUGGAUGAAUGCAAAAUACCAAUAUACGUUUGUGAAUGGUUAGUCAUUUGUCACAUUAUUGACUUUGGCACAGAUCUCCAAAUCUGUAGCCUUAUGAAGGUUAAUGUUUAACUCAUUGAGCCUCAAUGCACCCCAGUGCGCCUCAAUGCACCCCAGUGCGCCCUACUUAUUCUUUUUACUUGUCUAACGCCAGAUUAUUUUUAUUCGUCAAUGGGGAAGCUCUGCAACUUAAUGGGUUAAUUAAUAAUAAAGUCUUUACAUUCAAAUCUGUUUGUGGUUUUAGGUUUAAUAAUCGAUUUGAUUGUGGUGCUAAAUACUUUUUAAAAGUUGCUCUGAUGGACAAAAAACGAAACAAGUUGCCAGAAUGGAAAGUGAAACUUGACGGCCAAAGACCAGAGGGUCGGCGUGAAUGGGACAAACUUGAACAUACAUUUAGAGAAUAUCCUGCUGGUGUUCGGUAUAUUCAGUUCAAGGAUUAUGGAGAGGAUACAUAUAAUUGGGCUGGUUUUUACGGUGCAAAACUAGCUGGCGCUACUGUGCGAUUUCUCCUAGACUAGGAAUUCAUAGAACAUGAUAUUAAUUAUAAAUUUGGUACCAUAUUAAUUUUAUAACUUCUAGUAAUAAUAAUAAUAAUAAUAAUAAUAAUGAUUUAAUAGCAUUUCCACAUAGUGGCUCUUCUAUGCUACAAGUGAGUUUGAUUAUAAGAUAACAAAGUAUACAAUAUAUACAACGGAGUACAUAAUACGACACAACAAGUAUUACAAUACGUAGUAUGUUGUACAUUACAAUAUUUAACAAUUGACAUUAUUAGUAUUUAACAAUUGACAUACACAGUAAAAUACAGUAUAGUUAUAUACACAAUGUCAACAGAGUUUACGACGUGUCACUAAUUCUGUUUUUGACUAAUGUUUUGAAGUACUCGGAGGAGGUUCUGCAAUAAUCUUUAAAUGUAUCGCAGUUUCGAAUUUCUUCAGGUAAGGAGUUGAACACUCGAGCUGCUUCAUCUUGGAAGGUUCCAGAGAUAAUAGGGACUACUAGACGCCGGGCAGAUGAUGAUCGUAAUGGUCUUAUAGGAAUAUAUUCCUCUAAUUUUAAGUAUGUAGGCC